AUGGAAUCGCCAGACAAUAGUACAUAUCUGGAAUCCCCUAUGGAGGGUGACGAUGUGGCAUAUCCGUGUAAAGGAUGUGGUGAUAUCCUCGAGGAGGGAAAAGCCUUCGAACUUGCUGGCAAUCGAUGGCAUUUAAAUUGCUUCCGAUGCAAUACUUGCGGAACUCUCCUGGAUUCCGAUGCGAAUUUGUUACUCCUGGGUGACGGAUCUCUUAUCUGCAAUAAUUGCACUUACAGCUGCAGUGCUUGCAAUAACAAAAUUGAAGACCUCGCCAUCCUCACCGGUGACCAAGCAUUUUGUGCAACAUGCUUUCGAUGCAGGAACUGCAAACGUAAGAUCGAAAACCUUCGUUAUGCUCGCACAUCUCAAGGAAUCUUUUGUAUGAGCUGUCAUGAAUCACUAAUGGCCAGGCGGCGUAAAAAGUCGAGGGCCGCUGCAAAUGCGAAGAAAAAAGACGAUCAAUCUCCUAUGCUUGUCGAUAAAUCACUACCCGCCCUACCACCGAACGCCGUUCCACAAAGCGCCUUCUCCCCUGAACGUGAGAUCCCGGAUCCUCACAAUGCAGAUAACCCUACAGAAUUAUCACCAAGGCCGCGGCCAACAUAUUCUCGUACAGAUUCCUCAUCUAGGAGUAGUUCUCGAAAACCUCGCGAUGAUACUUCCUCUCAUCGAGCCUCCACCGAUACUACAGGCCGAGAUGGAUUGACGCUUCCAACGACGACGUAUCGAAACAAUAGAUAUUCAGGGAUAUCGCAAAUGUCUGAGAUUGGAAAUGGGGAUGGGGAGAGCUUUUUCAUCCCUCUCGCCCUGGAUCCAAGCCCUGCGCCAACCUUGACACCAAGAUCUACUUCGACAUCAUGGGACACAAAGAAGGCGAAAGAGAACCAAGCACCAGAUCGAGAUUACUUUGGCGCGAAAGACAAUAUGCGAAGUCAAACUGAACCACAGUCACAGAGACGAUCAAGGGAUUUGAGGGACGCGAGCUCAACGUCAACACCGCACAUCGCAUUCCAAGAUAAAAAUCAACCAUCCGAUGAACAGUUGGCACAGAUCAAGGACAGCAUACGCAGAGCAGCAAACGGCACAGGCACACCUGCCAAAGAAUCAUCUGCAUCUACGAGUGAUGAUACUUUAUUACAACAUGCAAGCUCGCCAACCGCUGACGCCCCUGAUGGAAAGACACAAGGAUCUAGUGAAAAGUUUAGACCAGAUCACGUCCAGAUCCUCACUGGAAUCACGACCAAAGGACAUGGAAAAUUCUACUAUUUCAAGAGUCAAUUCUGGAAGUUCCAAAGUCUCCAUACCCGUAAGGAGAUAGCCUCAGGACCAGUGAAAAGUCACGUUAGCACAAUGAGCUUAUCUUCCGGGACAGAAACCUCCCCAUCCACGGAAUCCUCUUCAGAAGGAACAGCUCAUACUCCGACAGUGAAUGGCAAAUCAAUCUCUGGUCCCUUGUUACAAUCGCCUAUAGAUGAUAUGGUACCUCCAAAUCGCUCGUCUACUCGCCCUCCUAUACCAAAACAACAACUCAGUGAUACGUACAUGACCCCAAGAGCACCCCCAGCGCCGCCAUCUGCAGGCUCGAAUGGUACCGCUUCAUCGCCCAAUCUACCAAGGUGGAGUGCUGGCGGUGAUCUUACCAUGGAUGAAGAUAUGGCUAGGAUAUUUGGCAACGAUGAAGGCUCACAAUCUAUAAUUCGCAGAGUUUCCAACGCUGUACGUCACGUUCGAAAUACCAGUAGUGAAGCAAGCACUUCUGCCCGUGGCCAUGGUCGUAGCGUCAGCGAAACAACCGCACGUACUCCUAACUCACCACGAUGGCCAAAAACACCAAUUAUAGAAGACACUAGCGGACCUAGAGAUAUCAGUAGUCCGAUUUCUAUAAGCUCGCCAAAUCCUGGAGAUGAUCCGGCUUUGCUGAGAAGGCAACUUCGCAACUCCGAACAAAGAGUUGCAGAACUUGAGAGACAGUUCGUAAACGAGAAAGAUCUGAAAACACUGAACAAAAAACUCAUCGAAAAGCGAAAGACUGUCUCGGUUCUAGAUUCUCAAACGGAACUCAUGAUCCGCCAAUUAGAAGUUCUAGCUGGCUAUGUGGAACGUGCCAAAGGUUCGAAACAACCACUUGACAUUGCUGAGCUGGAAGAUUCUGCCAUCAAAGAAUUUGUUCAGAAGCUUGAUCGCCUUAAGCAGUCGAUGUCUGGCGCAAUUGAACAACUCUUUGAGGAGCGAGAUGAAUUAUUGGAAGAAAAGAACCAAGCUAUUGCCGAUCGUGAUAGAGCCUUAGUUGAGUUUGAGCAAUUAUCAUCUAAAAAUGCACAACUUGCAGACAUGAAUAAUGAUCUUACCCACCAAAUCCAGGAACGCUUCAAAUCGGCCAAUACCAAUAUGGAAAGUCCAAGGCCAUCAACAAACGGUCUGGGAAUCUACACUCACCAUAAUAAGGAUAAGUCUAACGUUUCCGUUCAUCUAGAUAAUGCAAUCCUCCGCCCAUCGGAAAGCAGUAGUAUUACCUACAACAAUUCGAUCAAUAGCUAUCCACACCCAAUGGAACAGGACCCCAGCAUGGAGCCAGCGACGUUGUUAUCAGCUCCCCAUGUCGUCAAUAUCCGCAAGGGACAAGCAAAGAAGUUUAACUGGAAGAAGGGUGGCCAAACUGUUGCCAAAGGAGUCACUAAGGGUUUCAAGGGUGCUUUCUCCAGCGGACAAGAACGGCCAUUAAACCAAUGGCCAGGUCAGACUGGUGAUAACAUCGGCAUGCCUUACAACAUGACUAUGGAGCACGUGCAAUCUCCGGCGCCAAAUGCCUCUGGGGCAAACUUACCCAGGUCUACAUCAAACGAUCCCUCUCGCCAAGGGUUUGGUUUAUUCAAGAAAUCACAGUCAAUGCCAAAGUCUAUGUCCAGUGGUAACAUUCUCGCCGCUGAGAGUCCGUCAACCCUGUUCGGUUCUGAUCUUGUUGAAAGAGCUGAUUAUGAGCGUCGGCAAAUUCCAAGUGUGGUUACUCGCUGCAUUGAAGAAGUUGAAUUGCGUGGAAUGGACAUUGAGGGCAUCUAUCGGAAGACUGGAGGUACUGGGCAAGUCAACAUUAUCAAAGAAGGAUUUGAUAAGACUGAAGACUAUGACAUCUCGGAUCCCGACCUCGAUAUUACUGCGGUUACAAGUGUUUUGAAACAAUAUUUCCGAAAGCUUCCUGUACCACUUUUGACCUUCGAUGUUUAUGAUCGAGUGUUAGAAUCAAUCUCUAUCGAAGACAAUGCAGAACGCUGCACACAUCUACGGAACACAGUCAACAUGCUACCUCCCAAGCAUCGUGAUUGUCUUGAGUUUUUGAUUUUCCAUCUUGUGCGUGUGGCAAAACGAGAAAGCGAGAAUUUGAUGACACCUAAGAAUCUGGCAGUGGUUUUUGCACCGACCAUCAUGCGUGAUCACAGCAUAGACCGUGAGAUGACGGAUAUGCACGCCAAGAACCAAGCUGUUCAGUUCGUCAUUGAGAACAGUUACGACAUAUUUGCCGGCGCUUAG